AUGAUGCUUCCAAGGCUACUGCUGGGCGCUGCCCUCCCCGCCGUCGCCCUCGCCGGCGACGUGCUCACCACCACUGGCUUCACCACUUGUUUAACCAACGCCUCGAUCGAGAUCACUAAGAUGGCCGUCACUUACAACCGGGCCACGAACAAGGUUGUAUUCGAUGUCGGCGGUGAGAGUACUGCAGAACAGAAGGUCAUGGCAUCCCUGGUCGUGUCUGCAUAUGGAAAGGAAGUCUACAGCAAGACCUUCAACCCUUGCGACGAGGACAAUUACGUUGAGAAGCUGUGUCCAGUACCCAUCGGCAAGUUCUCGGCAUCCGGCGAGCAGCAAGUACCCGACUCAUACGCCUCGCAAAUCCCGUCCAUUGCAUUCACCAUCCCCGAUCUCGACGGAACCGCAAAGAUAGAGCUCACCCCGAUCGACGGCGGCGACGACCUCGCCUGUAUCCAGUCGACUGUCACCAACGGCAAGAGUAUGUCCGUGGCAGGCGUCUCGUAUGUUGCAGCUGGUAUUGCCGGUGCCGCACUCCUGAUGACUGGCGUUUCGGCACUUGCGAGUGCUGGUGCUGGAGCGGGUGCAGGCGCCAUCAGCCCAAGCCCUAGCUUCGGCGAGGUCAUGGGCUGGUUCCAAGGCAUGGCUAUGAACGGAAUGAUGAGCGUGAAGUACCCUUCGGUGUACACCAGCUUUUCCAAGAACUUCGGCUUCAGCACCGGCUUGAUUCCCUGGGACGACAUGCAAAACAGCAUCGAUGACUUCAGGAGGGCUACCGGUGGAAACUUGACUCACGCCAGCUACGCUUACCUGAGGAACGCUACCAUUGUUCACGUCGAGGCCAGCAAUCUGACCAAGCGUGGCCUGGACGCCGUCAGCCUUUACGCCCGUGACUCGCUUUCGACCAACGUCAACGGCACCGAUGACUCGACUUCGGACGACAGCGACGACAGCAGUUCUUCCGACUCCCAGGUCAUGGAGUAUGUCAACGGUGUCAAGGGAUACGUUGAGGAACUCUCUAUUCCUCAGGCCAGUACCUUCAUGACCAUCCUGCUUAUCUUCGCCAUCGUCAUCGGCGCCAUUGCCGUUGGAAUUCUGCUUCUCAAGGUCAUCCUGGAAACCUGGGCUCUUUUCGGUUCUUUCCCCGCGAAACUCACAAACUUCAGGAAGCGUUACUGGUGGAUUCUGGCCAAGACCAUUACCAACUUGAUCCUUCUGGCCUAUGGUGUCUGGGUCCUCUAUUGCAUCUAUCAAUUCACUAACGGAGACUCCUGGGCCGCCAGCGUUCUGGCAGGUGUCACGCUCGCUGUCUUCACUGCUGUUCUCGGAUUCUUUGCUUGGCGCAUUUACUCCAUGGCCCAGAAGUUCAAGAAGGCCGAGGGUGACGUUUCGGGUCUUUUCGAGGACAAGGAGACGUGGAGGAAGUACAGCAUGUUCUACGAGAACUACAAGAAGGGUUACUGGUGGCUUUUCGUCCCGGUUAUCACGUACUCGUUCGCCAAGGGCUGCGUCAUUGCCGGUUUGGACGGCCACGGCCUUGCUCAGACGGGCGCGCAGCUCGUCAUCGAGGCUCUCAUGCUCGUCCUUCUCCUUUGGUCCAGGCCCUACACUCUCAAGUCGAGCAACGUCAUCAACUGCACCAUCCAGACGGUUCGCGUGCUCUCGGUCAUCUGCGUCCUGGUUUUCGUCGAAGAGCUCGGCAUUUCGCAGACGACGAAGACGGUGACUGGCAUUGUCCUCAUUGUCAUGCAGUCCGUUUUGACCGGUGUCCUGGCCAUCUUGAUCGCCGUCAACUCCAUCGUCGUGUGCUGCAAGGAGAACCCUCACCGCAAGAAGAGAAAGGAGCAGGAGAAGCUCAACCGCGAUCUCGACGACCUUACCCCUCUGGACGCGCGCAACUCUCUGCUUAUGGACCCUGGCGAGUACAAGAGCCAGCGCCACUCGAUCAUUGCAGGAGCCAAGGGCUACGACCCGGUUCCGAUGCAGGAAGGAAUCUCGAAGAAGUACCACAAGCACAGCACGUCGCACGAGAACCUGCUCGAUUCGGCGGCAACCAUGGGCCAGAACGACAGAGACCGGUCCGCAUCCCGCGACGGCAGGGCACCGCGCCUGCCGGACGUCGAGACGGGCCACGGUGGUUACAGAGGGGCAGCGUACUAA